AUGUCCUACUUCCACUCCUACUACCAUUGCAUGGUCACAAUGGCUUCUAUUAAACUAGCUCUAGGAAAGACGUACACGACGACCUUCGAUGAUCACCCUUUACCUGAAUGUCUCCCAAAUCCCUUACACGAUUUCAAACUUACUCCGAGAAUGGCAACUGAGGAGGUGGCGGUACUUCGAGUCGUAUCCUCCGAGCAGAUGCUGGGUGCUGCUCUAAUGGAGUGCCAGUUCCCAAAAAGUCGCGGUCGACCGCUUGUCAGCCCUUCGAGGAUUAUAAACCGUGCGGCACCCGAGACAUCCGACUAG